UCAACUGAUCUUGUCGGAUUCCCGUUCAGAUGGCUGAGCGGUCUACGACAGAUACUUCCUAUGUCCCCAAGGUGCUGCGCUCACUGACGGGCAGCAGAUACGCACGGUGCUCGUGUACCGACCCCGAUCAGGCCUGUGUCUUGGUUAUCUACACCGGCGGCACGAUAGGCAUGGUCAAGGACGAAAAAGGGUUUCUCAAACCGGCAUCGGGUAUCCUGCACGAGCGCCUGCGUGAGUUUCCGCAGCUACAUGACGAAGAAUACAUGAGGAGCCAAUUCGGUGACUGCGAAAACUCUCCACUGGCCUUGCCGUCGACAGGAGAUCCACGGCGGGUUGUGUACACCAUAUCGGAGUACAGUCCACUGAUAGACUCUUCUAACGUCACGGUUAAUGACUGGACGAAAAUCGCCAGCGACAUUAAGGAUAACUAUGACUUAUACGAUGGCUUCGUCAUCCUUCACGGCACGGACACAAUGGCGUACACAUCAUCUGCUCUCUCCUUUCUUCUUGAGUCUCUGGGAAAAUCGGUCGUCCUCACCGGCGCACAGAUUCCUGUUUUUGAAACUCGUAGUGACGGCAGGGAUAAUUUGCUAAAUGCCCUGAUCAUAGCUGGGAACUACGUUAUACCAGAAGUGACGCUAAUGUUCCACAACCAACUGUUUCGCGGAAACCGAGUCAGCAAGUUCAGCAUAUCUCACUUGGAUGCCUUCGCAUCAUUCAACAUGGCCCCGCUUGCGACCAUCGGUAUCAAUGUUCAAAUCAACUGGGACCUCAUCUUGCCGCCUCCAGAAGGUACAUUCUACGCCCACACGAUAUUGAAUAGAAAUGUGGGCAUACUUCGCCUAUUUCCCAGCAUUACUGGUGAAUUGGUGGAGGCCUUCUUUGGACUACCAAUGGAAGGUGUCGUGCUCCAAACCUACGGUGCAGGGAACGUACCCACAAACCGCAAGGACAUCAUGCAUGCAAUUCGUCGCGCCACUAUGCGAGGCGUUCUCAUAGUGAGCUGCUCUCAGUGUCCUAAUGGAGCCGUGGAUCCCGCCUAUGAGACAGGGAACGAACUGCUCAAGGUCGGAGCAAUACCUGGCGCGGACAUGACACCGGAAGCGGCACUAACAAAGCUCAGCUUCGUUAUUUCCAAGACCGAAUGGACGCAUAAAAAGAAACGAGAGAAACUGCAGGAAAGCCUCCGUGGAGAACUCACCACGGGCUCUGAACGUGGUUCUAAUGCCCAAUACAACGCGGCCAACCUUUCACCUUGGAAGACUCUGCUGAUACCUUGAGUGCGCUGUUUGGAUCGUGUUUCUUGCAUGCAAUGCGGGCCUGUGAUUGGUUGCCGACACACCACUAAGGCCUACCCAUUGUACGAUAUUGCUCUAAAUAAACGUAAAUAACCACCAACUUAGUAGGUGAUUAGUGAUUGGUUGGUAAAACUAAAAAUAAA